CCCGGGCAGCGCUGCUCCCCCUGGCAGAGGCCCCGGCCCCGGCGGCUCCUCCACGCCCGCCGCCGGCGGGGCCGCCCCCUCCCGGCGCCCGCGGCGGAGGCGACCAGGGGCCGCGGCGCUGCUGCCGCGGGGCCUCGGGCCGGGCCGGGGGGCCCCGCCGCCGCGGGUUGCGAUCAGAAAAUUACACUUGAUUAAAGAACAGUUGCUUCUCCCCUGAGAUUUAUAGGAACAAAUCUGUCCUAUGAUGAAGUGGCUUCUUCAACAGUCUUUGUUGUGCAAUGGGGACUACAAAUGAUGACAUGGCUUUGGUGGAGCAGAAUGCCUCCUUGAACCCUUUGUGCUUUGAGUGUGGCCAGCAGCACUGGACAAGGGAGAAUCACUUGUACAACUACCAGAAUGAAGUGGAUGAUGACUUGGUUUGCCAUAUUUGCCUUCAGCCCUUGUUGCAGCCAUUGGACACUCCCUGUGGACACACUUUCUGCUACAAGUGCCUAAGGAACUUUCUACAGGAGAAGGAUUUCUGCCCGCUGGAUCGAAAAAGACUCCAUUUUAAACUCUGCAAAAAAUCCAGCAUUCUCGUUCAUAAACUGUUAGACAAGUUGUUUGUUUUAUGCCCCUUUUCUUCAGUAUGUCAGGAGGUAAUGCAGCGAUGUGAUCUGGCAGCACAUCUCAAAAACAGGUGUCCUGGGGCUUCUCAUCGGAGGGUGGCUCUGGAGAGAAGGAAAGCUAGCAAGCUGCAGCCAGAAGCUGAGAGCGAGGCUGGUCCCGGUGGGACAGAGCAGCCCAGCCGUUUAUCUCCGGAUGCGGAUCAGGGAACAGUGCCUGCGGAACAGAGCUUCACGUCGCCUGCACUUCCUACGUGGGCAGAUGAGCCCAGCAUUGACAAUCCCGCUUUUGAGGAGAACACAGUCACAGACACAAAUCAACAGCCACCUACCUUGCCUGAAGGAGAGAUCACUACUAUUGAAAUUCAUCGGUCCAAUCCUUAUAUUGAAUUAGGAAUUAGCAUAGUGGGUGGCAAUGAAACGCCUUUGAUCAACAUUGUUAUUCAAGAGGUUUAUCGAGAUGGGAUCAUUGCCAGAGAUGGAAGACUUCUUGCUGGAGACCAAAUACUUCAAGUCAAUAGCUUUGACAUCAGCAAUGUGUCGCACAACCAUGCUCGAGCUGUUCUUUCCCAGCCCUGCACAGUGCUGCAUCUCACCGUGCUCAGAGAGAGGCGAUUUGGGAGCCGCACACACAACCACGCGGAGAACACCAGCUCCUUGCGGGAGGACAGCUUUCAAGUGACGCUGCACAAGCGCGACUCCAGCGAGCAGCUUGGCAUUAAACUCGUACGCAGAACAGAUGAGCCAGGAGUUUUUAUUCUCGACCUUUUGGAAGGGGGAUUGGCUGCUCAAGACGGCAGGCUCUGCAGCAAUGACCGAGUACUUGCCAUCAAUGGACAUGACUUGAAGCAUGGGACACCCGAACUUGCUGCUCAGGUUAUACAGGCCAGUGGGGAGAGAGUGAAUCUGAUCAUCUCUAGACCCAUGAAGUCACAGAUGGUCAGUAUUAUCCGAGACACAGGGACUCAUAACAGCAACCCACAGCAGCACCAGACCCAACAGCUGUUUCACAGCAGACCCAACUCACAUAAGGAUCUCUCCCAGUGUGUUACAUGCCAAGAAAAGCACAUUACUGUGAAAAAAGAGCCACAUGAAUCUCUUGGAAUGACAGUGGCAGGAGGCAGAGGCAGCAAAAGUGGUGAACUGCCCAUCUUCGUUACAAGUGUACAACCUCAUGGGUGUUUGGCGAGAGAUGGCAGGAUUAAACGAGGUGAUGUGUUGCUGAAUAUCAAUGGCAUUGAUUUGACUAACCUCAGUCACAGCGAGGCAGUAGCCAUGCUGAAAGCCAGUGCUGCCUCUUCGGUAGUUGCCCUGAAAGCACUAGAAGUCCAGAUUGUAGAAGAACAACCCCAAUCUAACGAAGAACAACUGAGUACUAUCAGUGAAAAUGAAUAUGAUGCCAGUUGGUCACCAUCAUGGGUCAUGUGGCUGGGACUUCCAAGCUGCCUACAUAGCUGCCAUGAUGUAGUGCUGCGGCGGAGCAAUUUAGGAAGCUGGGGUUUCAGCAUUGUCGGUGGCUAUGAGGAGAACCACACAAACCAGCCUUUCUUCAUUAAAACGAUUGUUCUUGGAACACCAGCGUACUUUGACGGAAGAUUAAAGUGUGGUGAUAUGAUUGUUGCUGUAAAUGGACUAUCAACAGUUGGAAUGAGCCAUUCUGCACUCGUUCCAAUGCUGAAGGAGCAGAGGAACAAAGUAACUUUAACCGUGAUUUGCUGGCCUGGAAGCCUCAUAUAGAUUUGUGAAAUCAGUCUGGUUCAAGCAGCUUGUUUUUCUAGAUAGCUGGCAAAAAAAAAAUCUCCUUUAUCUUUUUUUCUCCUGUUGAUAUACAGCUGGUUAUAAGCAGGGCCAAAACUGCUGCAUUCAUUUUUUUCUUUGUUUUCCUUUUUUUCCUAUGGGCCUCUCAGACUCACUGUAUGUAUCUUUCCAUCCUGAAAUAGCCAUUUCUGCCAAGUUUGCUAUGUUCAUUGCUGAUACAAAUGCGAAUACACACAUGCUCACACAUAAAAACUCCCAUUCCUUUAUGGCUUUCUUUGAGCUUUCUCAGUCAGGUAAUAUUCUUGUAGAGUCAGGAGAAGAACUUAGUGAUGCUUUUGGUUUCUCUGAGCAGUCCAAAAUUAUGUGUAAUAUAUAAAUAUAAUAGCCAUGUGCCCAUUCUUCACUGAGAAGAGAAUGUGUGUCAGUAAUGCAGUGACACAUCUAUCUGCUGCUAUGAAUCAAAAUCAGUUUCCAAAGGUAGGCCUUUUCGUUUUGUAAGCCUGUCCAUUUUUGAUUCAGUAUUUCAGACUCGUUCAGUGAACCCGUGUUACUCAUAAGAAAUCAUUUGGUCCCCAUGAUUUUUCUUGCAGGGCAUCAGUGUUCAUAGAAAAGUAGGACAAAAGCCUGAUAUUACUGGAAUUUUUAUAAUGUGCAAUAAUUGGACUCUUUGUUAGGAAACUUUAAUAUAUUACAGAGUUUGUAUCCUAUAAUGAAAAGAAAUUUGGAAGUAAUUACUAUUGCAAUGCUGGCAAGAAUACACAUGCCCAAGGUCGCCUUUGAGCUUGCAGUAUUAGACUUUACUUUACAAAUGAAUGUUUUGCUAUGUCAGACAAUUUUGAUGAAAGUUUUUUAAAGUCAUUUUUACAGUUUAUAUUGUAGUUGUCAGCUCUCUUUAUUCAUGUGUGGAAACAAUACUUUGACUUGUACUUUGUAAGUGAGAGAAUUAUUUACAGGAAGAAAGCAAGCUAUUAAGAAAGCAUACAUUACGGUUUGCAGGUGGGCAGGCUAGGAGGAAGGCUCUUUUCAUUCAAGUCCAACUGCAAAGUAAGCUGCAAAGUUCAUUCUUAUUCUGUCACCUCCUGACAAAUGUGCAAAUGCCUUGAUAUAAAAUUCUGAAACUAUCUGUUUUGCAUUUCAGGAUUUUUUUCCUUUAGAGAGUACCUGCUAUUAAGCUGUCAGUAAGAAUAAUACUAUUUAUCUUUGAUUGUAUUUAGUAUUUUUAAAAUAAAACCUGUAACUUUUAGACUUUGCCUUUCCAUGCUAUUUUCAGGCUAAUCACCCAUUUGUUAAAAAAAAAAGUGGAGGGGGGAGGGAGGUGGAAGGGGACACACAAACUAAUUUGCUGACCUGGAGCAAAACCUGUAUGUUGUCAGUGUUCGGCAUAUUUGAAAAAGAGCUUCAUUUAUAACCCAGUUUCACAACCUGAACUGAUGUUAUAAAUGAUCUCUAUAUUGUAUUAUUAAUUACAAGAGAAUGUAUUUAAGAAUCACAACAUAUUUCAAUUGUGAAGCAUGAACUUUAUUUUCAAACUUAGCAGUUAUAAUAUUGGGGCAUAUUAUCGCAUGUCAUUAAUUCCAGUAGCUUUGUUUUAAAAAGAAAUAAAGUUACUCUUUUGCAAAAAAGUGUAAAAAUCUCAUAUGAAUGAAGUGGUUUUAUUUCUCUCUGUAAUGUAUGAUAUCAGCUUAAUUUCAUAAUAUUAAAAUACAAGAGAAUGUCCUGUACAGUA